AUGGCUGCCUCCGGUCCGUGUGGUUCUAAACGCAAAAAUGAGAGUUCUGUGGAAGGAUCUAGUUCUAACAAGAAGCCUGCCUUCGCCUGGAAUAAAGGUUUACUUGCAUCAAUGGAUGACCCAGAAUUGCAGGAAUAUGUAGAUGAGAGAGUCGUUAUCAUUAAAGACAAAUAUCCAAAGGCAAAGCACCAUUUCCUUGUAUUGCCCAAAGAAAACAUUCCUAAUCUAAAGAGCCUGAAACCUAGUCAUCUUGAUCUUUUAAAAUAUCUGCACAAAAAGGGCAAAGAAAUCAUUCACAGAACUGAUGAAACCUUAAAGUUCAGACUGGGUUACCAUGCCAUUCCAAGUAUGAGCCAUCUGCAUUUACAUGUCAUCAGCCAGGACUUUGAUAGUCCAUGUUUGAAAAAUAAAAAGCACUGGAAUUCUUUCACAACAGAGUAUUUUUUUGAUUCUAAAGAUAUAAUAAAUAUGUUGAAAGAUGAAGGAAAGGUUCAGCUUGACAGUUCAAAAUUUCAAGAAAUGCUCAAAAGGAAUCUCAGGUGCCAUGUAUGUAGAAAAGAGUUCUCUACCAUGCCAGCCCUCAAGACACAUAUCAAAGUCCACAAUUAUAGAAUAACGUAACUACAAUGUAAACUUGUAUUGUAAAAUUCACUUCAAAGUCAUGGUUUAACGCCCACAUUUCACAUUAUUCAGUCACAGAAAUUUCAUGAGGAAUUUCUGGUCAGCAGUGCCUUUUCAGCUCGCCUAUUUGAACAGUGAUGAGGGGGAUGUAAUCACCCUGGCAUUGGCACUAUCCUUGGAAAAAUUAUCAAGCAGUACUGGAUCACAAAUAUCAAAGGACUGUUAGAUAUUUAAUUGUUCAAGGAUGUAUAUGGAUAACUAUCAAUAUGUUGAAACCAUAAUUCUGAGGUAAUUUUAUUUGUGAAUUGCAGGAGCAAGUCCUACAUUAAAAUUCUUUAGCAGGUCUUUAAUGCAUUUCUUGAUCACAAAUUGAUUAUUGAAAAGUUCAACUAUUGAUAUGAAUUAUUAGCAAUAUGUUAACCAUAUUUUUCAUAUUUAUGUGGUCAGAAAGGGCUAAACUUGUAUUUAUAUGUUACACACUAUCAAUUGGCGAGCUACACUGUUGUGCAGCACGUUUAAAUUUGAGUGUCCAGUGACAAGGCUUUUCUGUUUAGAACUUUUAAUUUUUCAAAUCUAGCUUAAAUUUGAACACUGUUAUAUAUAUUCCUAGGUUGAGGUCCGAGAUUCUUGCACCAUUAAGCGUUCUGUGAUAUUACAACAAUACCACAGCAGUUAAGGUAUUUGUGACACUGUAGACUGACAGAGUGUUGCAGUUAGCUGAUCACAGAAUGUAAAGAUAAAGAUAAGGUCAUAAUUUGUUCAAGUUUUGCUAUUAAAAGCAAGAGAAAAUAAAAGAUUUUGUUCUGCA